AAUCUGUCUUCAGGCAAGAGUCUAAUCAGCAGGCACUGGAAGCUAUACAGAAUGAAGCAAGCAGUCUUAUGGACGCUUAUCAAAAUUUUUGCAAGCAGCUUCUUUCAAUAAUCAGCUGCUUGCACGAACAGAAUGCACAUCUACAGAAGCAGCAGAAUACAGGACGGAUUCCUCUUCUUCCGAGCAUUCCUCUAUUUCCGGGUGUUCCUCCUCAUCAUCAUCAGCUGCAGCAGCCUUCAGGAAGUAGUUUCCCUCGACAACCACAAGUACCUGGAAGUUCUGGAUCUCGACAACCACAAGUACCUGGAAGUUCUAGAUCUCAACAACAUUGCCAGAAACAAAGCAUUACACACCUGCCGCGACCAGGAAGCAGUUUCUCGUCCAAAGAGGUCGCGAACGCGCUCGCAUUGCCAGAAACAAAUGGAUGGCUGUUUCCUAACCACAAAGAGCCGCAGGGUACUCAAUUGAACAAUAGGUGGCAAGAAACUCCCAUGCAUCCAUCGGUAGCCCAGUUCUACAAGUAUCUUGCACGACCGAACUUUCCUCCGAAUCCAUACAUAUUGUCGCCAGUAAAUGGAUCGGCCCUAAAUGCUCAAUUGCGACUCAAAGCACCGGCCGAAUCUUCAGCUUCGGCCUCUCCUCUAGGUCAAAACAAUCCCCUAAGUUUGCAGAUACCUCAUUUUACAGAAAUGGGCAGUAGCUCAACAGAUGGGACGAGAAAGAAAAGUUUGGAGAUGUUGAGAGGUCCUGAUGACCAGCUACCUGAAAAAUUACGACAUUUGGAACCUCAUCUGCUUGAACGAAUUAUUUAUGAGAUCAUGGAUACGGAUCUUAAUGUUUGCUGGGAUGAUAUUGCUGGUCUUGAGCAUGCCAAAAAAAGUGUCACUCAGAUGGUGGUAUGGCCUUUAAUGCGUCCUGACAUAUUUAAGGGUUGUCGUGAUCUUGGGAGUGGCCUUCUUCUAUUUGGUCCACCGGGAACAUGUAAAACUAUGAUGGCGAAAACUAUAGCUGGAGAGAUGAAAGCAGCCUUUUUUCAUUUAUCUGCCAGAACAUUAGCUACCAAAUGGGUUGCCGAUUCUGAAAAGGUUGUGAGGACACUUUUUGGAAUAGCCCGUUGUAUGCAGCCAGCAGUCAUUUUCUGUGAUGAAAUUGAUUUAAUACUAAAUAAGAGUACAACGUAUGCACACCAAUACAGCAGGCGUCUCAAGAUGCAGUUCCUAACUGAGAUGGAAAGCAUGGACAACAAGACUGCUCGGAUUUUGCUUAUAGGUGCAACAAGUAGACCUCAUGAUCUCGAUGAGGUUGCCCUAAAACACCUAACCAGAAGACUGCAUAUGCCCUUGCCUUCACCAGAAGCAAGAUCAUAUAUCAUUAGCAAUCUAUUGAAGAAGGAUGGAUUAUUUUCCUUAUCUGAAAAAGACUUGAACACUAUUUGCUGCUUAACUGAAGGGUAUUCAGGUUCUGAUAUGGCAAUCUUAGUGAAAACCGCUGCCAUGGGUCCCCUAAGAGAUGCUAUGAAAGAGGGUUUUAAGGAUAUAGAAAACUUGGAAGCAGAGAAGCUGAGAGCAGUGACCCUUGAGGACUUCUGGACUUCAAUGCAAGCAGUAAGGCCUUCAGUUUCACCAAAUGAAACUGGUGCACAUGCUCAUUGGAACCUGCAGUUUGGCAGCAUGUCACUGUAG